AGAACUACGAAANCCUUUUUUGUGUGUGGGGGGGAGGGGGAUGCGAUCAGGGGCUGCUCGUAUCACCCCAGGCAGGCAGCCCUUCCAGCAGAUGUUCAAAAACAAAAAAAGAGGACUAUCUUUCGGUCACAUUGGUCCUUCAACGCGAGUGAUCAUUCUGGUCUGCUUCAACAUCUACAGCGGCUCAUUUCGGCCCGUCCCCAGAUCGGCUCUGCAGCUAGACUCUAGAAGAAUAUCUGUUCAAGGAACUUGGAUCGUUGCACGUUCCGCGGGGUGGAGCCCUACCGACUCAAGCUGGUGAGCAUGUCAUUAGUAAUGUUGGAUUCGGGUCGAAGUCAGCAAAUUGGGGAGCUCUUGCAUGUAUGAUGUAUGUAAUGGACUGUGUGCAUACAAGCUUGAACUGUGUGGAUCCAAGGUGUCCGCUCCUCUAAGGACCAGCGAUUACCGUGUUACGAGAGAAUGGAAGCAAUGGUGUUUGUUUCUGUAGCAGCUUCACUUCAUAUGAUUAAAAAAAAAAAAGGAAAAAGGAAAACGAAAAAAAAAAAGACUGGAGUAUGUCUCGUUUCCAUCUCUUUUUUUGGGGAUGCCUCUCCAUCCUGGAUAUCCUUGUUCUCUGUUCGACGAUUGUCAUAUCAUUGGUGUCCUUUGUCUAAGAUUCGCACUUUCUCGUCCCCUCCCUCCCCGAUUCCCAUCUCUUCCAUAGUCUGUGGCAUUUCUUUGUUGGGAGAUAUACGUGGUGUUUUGAGAGACAUGCAGAAUGUUUGCUCAUGGUGUGUUAGAAACUUUCACAAAUUUUGUUUUGGAAGAAGACAAGAAAGGUUUUUUAUUUUUAUUUUUAUUAUUAUUAUUAUUUUUGGGAGGGGGAACGGGGGGGCGUAUGACAGGAAGAUGGGGAUAUGGCAAGGAGAGGGGGAUAUGGAGAGGAGGAGGAGGAUGUGGACGAGGAGGACGACGAGGAUAGCGAGGACGACGAGGAGGAGGUGUCGAGAUGGGGGAGGAGAAGAGAUGGACGGAGGGAAAAGAGGAAGGGCAGGAGGAGGAGGACGAGUGGGAGGAGGCAUGGACGGCGAGGAAGGGGAGGACACGAGGAAGGGAAGGAGAUGAGGAGGCAUGGAAGAUGAGGAAGUACAAGGAGGAGGAGGAGGAGGAGGAGGACGAUGAUGAACAUGAGGAGGAGGAGGAAGAGGAGGACGACGACGAGGAGGAGGAGGAGGAGGAGGAGGAGGAGGAGGAGGAGGAGGAGGAGACGAAAAGGAGAAAGGAGGAGGAGACAUGGAGGAUGAGGAAGGGGAGGAGGAGCAAGGUCACUUAGGCUUCGAAGGUUAAAAUGGGGCACUUUUGUCUUCUUAAUCAACCCAUUCAGAGCCA